GCUCAUGUGGUAUCCGCCUUCGAGCAGUCUCUGUCGAACAUGACGCAAAGGCUUCAGCAGUUGACAGCAACAACCGAGAAAAAGGAUUCAGAAUUACACGAGCUAAGGCAAACCAUCGAACGCCUCAGCAAGCAAGGUCAUACUAAUGGAAUUACUCCAGGUAGUAUGUCUCCUUCUCUUGCACGGAGACACACCAUCAAUACAACAGCUGGCUCUACCAUCAGUCGGCAGUUAUCCACGGAUUCCGUUUCUAGUCUCAACUCCCUCUCUUCAGCGAAUUCCACGCAGCAGUCAGAUUCAGAAAAGAAGAAAAAACGAGGAUGGCUGAGAAGUUCUUUCAGCAAAGCAUUCACAAGACCGAAGAAAACCCGUAGCGGAUCUACAUCUGACGCUGAAGCAAAUGAUACCUCUGUUCCCUCAUCACCACUCCUCAACACACCACAUAUGAUGAAUGGUGAUCUAUGUCAGCAGAAUGUCAAGCUCAGCCAUUCCUCAUCUGCACUUUGUGAUCGAAACACUCAAGACAUCGUAGAUGAACUGCGACGUCAAUUGAGGGAAAAGGACCUAGUUCUCACUGACAUUCGACUUGAAGCUCUUAGUUCCGCCCACCAGUUGGAGUCCCUGAAAGACACUGUCAUCAAUAUGAGAAAUGAAAUGUUGAAUUUAAAACAAGAUAAUGAAAGAUUACAGAGGAUAGUAGCCAGCAAAUCACUUGCUUCAUCCCAAAGUUCUCUCCCUCUCAGCGAUCUUACAGAUGCUCCUCUAACAGAUACUUUAGUUGAUCCGAUACUGUGUGAAAACGAGGGGAAGAAGAUUAUGGUUACUGUAUAUUUAGGUGCUCAUGGUAGUUAUAAUAAAUAUGUCGAAGAAGGCUGUGAUAUAUCAAUUGGGUUCAUAACAGUUGGUAGCAAAACGAAAUGGGAUACACUUGAUUCCUCGAUCAAACGCUGUUUCAAGGAUUAUCUCGAGAAACUAGACCCAGGUAGCUGUUUGGGACUCGGCAUUGAUUCUGUUUGGAGUUACCAUGUGGGAGAAAUAACCCGCUACAAAGAGAGCCCUGUACCUGAUUUACUCCCUUGCGGCUAUUUAGUUGGGGAUACAACUUCCAUACCUCUCUGUCUCAAGGGUUCUCUUCACAAUAGUGCUAUCGAUGCACUAGCGUUCCAAACUCUCAUACCUAAACCUAUCAUUCAAAGAUAUGUUACAUUAUUGACAGAACAUCGGCGCAUCAUUCUUUGCGGUCCGAGUGGAACUGGCAAAUCAUAUUUAGCCAGUAAAUUAGCAGACUUCCUAGUUUUACGGCUCGGCAAAGACUCCAGUACAGGUGCUGUUGCCACUGUAAACGUCGAACACAAAAGUAACAAAGAACUGAAACAAUGGUUGUGCAAUAUCGCGGAAACCUGUGAAACAGAAAUGCUUCCGUCAGUCAUAGUAUUAGAUAAUUUACAUCACGCUGCCGAUAGUUUGUCUGAACUUUUCAAUGGUUUUACCACGGCCAAGUACCCUUACAUCAUUGGAACCAUCAGUCAAGCCACGACAUCUACCACUGAUCUGCAGCUGCACCACAAUUUCAGAUGGAUAUUGUGCGUCAAUCACAUGGAACCUGUAAAAGGUCUACUGGGACGAAUCUUGCGUAGAAAAUUGGUAGAUAUUGAAACUCGUUCUGGGCGGCGUAACACUGAACUGUCAAGAGUUGUGGAGUGGCUACCGCGAGUUUGGCAUCAUUUGAAUCAAUUUUUAGAAACUCAUUGCUCAUCAGAUGUUACCAUUGGUCCGAGAGUGUUUGUUGGCUGUCCUCUUGAAUCAGGCAGUGCCCAAGCAUGGUUUACAGAUGUCUGGAAUUACUCUGUGAUCCCGUAUCUACAAGAUAUGGUGCGUGAAGGGCUACAGCUGUAUGGAAAACGUGCACCAUGGCAUGAUCCAGCCUCUUUUGUUGUCCACACAUAUCCCUGGCCGGGUGAUCCUUCCAAUCUUCAGAGACUCUCUCCAGAAGACGUGGGUUAUGAUGCUCAGAAUGGGACCAAUAGUAAAUCAGUAAACUCUGAUUCGGAUGCUGAUCCCCUUUUAAAUAUGCUCAUGCGUCUUCAAGAAGCUGCCAAUUACUCCAGUCCACUGAGUAAUGACUCAGACACAAAUACACAUUCAGGGUUAGAAUCCACGCUGUGAUUUUUCUACUGGCCAGCUGUGACUGCCGUUUGCCCUCUUGUUUCUUCACUUUUUCAUGUAUUCCUUUGUAUUUUUUAUCAUGACAAAAGACUACUCUCUCUUAUACAAGAAUGUCUUGCUCUUAAAGUUGUACCUCAAUUGGUCCCAAAAUUGAACCGUUCAGGCCACUUUUCCAUUGUAGCAGGGCAAGUGGUGCAGAUGAGAACUAUCGCCAUUAAAAAAUUUUCAAAUUUUGUACCACCUCAACUCAUACUCUGUACUAUCUAAACUCAUUCUAAUUUUAAGUUUCCGAUGAAUUUACGAUUUGUGCAGCAAUGUCAAGAACCAUUUUCAAGGAUCCCCGGUGUUAAUGCUUUUACUUUUAAUCGUGAAGACAUAUCUAGUAGCUUUCAUCAAUUGAAGAGGACAUCUUUAGGGUACCAUCUAAAUUUUUUCAUGGUCUACGUUGAAAGUAUAUCAGAAGAUUUUAUGCCUUAAUUUCAACAACUUCUCAUUGUUUACAUUUAAGGUUCCACCUUUAGCAAAAAUAAUUACGUCAUCAAGUAGAACAAUCUGUCUCUAAAAGCAUUAUUAGUUUCAAACGAAGCUGUUUAAAAAAAAAUUCCUGGAAUUAAGAGCCUCUCCUUCUUUUCUCUUUAUGAAUUUCUUUACAGUGAAUUUUGUUUCUUAUUCCCACAAAAUGUUCCCUUGUCCUCUUUUGUUGAUCAUAAGUUCCUAUUAUUAUUUAUUUAUUUUUUAUUUUUUUAAAAAAAUUUUCCCUGCCCCCUCUUAUUAUUUAAAAAUAAUAAAAAUGCAAGACUUCUUAAGGUCAAGUCUGAGAUCUUUGCUGUAAAACUAUCGUAUUUUUAUUCAAAUAAAGAAAAGAAGCAAAAAAAAAAAGUCUCAUGCCUUCAUGUUAGUAGCUAAGAGCGUUUGUUUUUAAAUCCAACAAAGCUGGAGCACAAUGUCUGCAACUUUCAUGAAUUUAAAAAAUAUAUACAUAUCCUUCUUGAUUUUAUAAGCGGAUGUAUCACGUGUAUAAUCUGUUUUUAUCUACUAUAAGAGAUAAUCUAAAAUGUUCUAUCAUAGGUUGGGUCUUUUUAUUUUGUCAUCAAACUAUUUUGGUCCCUCCUGGAAUGAAUACUUUGAAGUAAUCUUUGAAGCCCCACACAAUUUUUAAUAAAAAAAUAAAGAAAAUAUUGAUCAGUUCUGAUGCUACCAUGUAAAUGGCAGCAAAAAUUUCAGAAUUUGGAAGGAGGCCGGUUUGUAAAAUGGCCAAAUCCCAGACAAAAUUGUCUGCUUUCUUCUGUGUUGACAAAAUAUAUUUUUUAAUUGAGCCAAGUCUUUUUCAUUAAUUAUAGCUUUUCAAUUUUUGAAAGAUCUCAUUUUUACAAAAAAAUUUGUCCUCUACUUUGUAUUUAUUUACUUUUUUCCGGCCAUUUUAGCCUGUGUCAGUAUUUCAUGAAUGCUUACCUAUUCAGCCUUUUGAAUGCUUCUGUGUCUUUGUACUUCUGUUGGCUUGAUUUCAGUGUGUGUAAAUGCUUUGUGAUAGAAUAGAUUGACUGGAACCGUAAAAUUCAACUUUUGAUGAAAAAUAAGACAAUAAAAUUCAGGGGUUGAUUUGUUAAGGUAUUUUCAUAUUGCAGAAAUAAUUUCUUACAUACUUUUAUACUCUUAGAGAACUUAGUUUUACUACUCAGUCUUCGUCCAUUUUUAAAAGAAAAUCGAACUUCCAGCUUAAAUUGGACUGAAUGUAAUUUUUGUGUUGAAAUUAGUCGAACAAGGACUGAAUCUUUUGUCUCCUUGGUUUCAACAUUUACAUUUAGAUUACCUGGAUGCAAAAGCAUGAAUUUUCAUUCGCCACAUUAGAACAUCUCCUCACUUAUUUUUUUAUGCAGGAAGACAAACACUGUUACCAAAAUUUCAUUGUGAUUUUCCAUCUCGUUGAAAAAAAAAAUCCUGUUGGAAAAUUACAAGCAAGAAAAUUGUUUUUUUUCUCUCCAAAAAGUGAAAGCACAUGUAGGACAAAAUGUUGAAACUUUGUAAUCAAAGAGCAUGCUUUAGUAUUCAAGCAUUCGAUUUUGUGUAUAUUUAUUGCUUCUCCCAAAGAUCAAUGAAGGCUACCUGACCCUUCGUGACUACUCAUUUUUAUUUUUUAAUUUUAUGUUUUAAUAUUUCACCUCUAAUCGCAACUGAAAUAAUACAUCAGGAUUAUAUAUGACCAUUAUUUUUGAAGUCAGUUUUUAUAAGUCAAAUGUUUUAUUUUCAUCUUUUCACACAAUAGCCAUUUACCUAUUUGUUUAUACUGUAGGGGCCUGCCGAGUUGCUUAUAAAUAAUCCCUCAGUUUUGAAACACAGUUACAUCUAUUGUAAAUAUACAUCAGUGACACGUAUGCAGUAACAUAUAUGCCAACUUAUAAACCCUAUCUGUCUGGUUAAAACUAUCCCAGUCACUCAGAUUCUCUAUCUAAGAUUUGUAAGUUAGAAAACAUCUGUCUUUGAAACUUCUGUUAAGAAGGAAUUCUGUAGUCUUAAAAUUUUUCCUAUUAAAAACUUUCUAUGAUAAACUCUCUGUUUUGGAAGUAUCUUACCAGAAGAUCGUUUUCAACAUAUCCUUCCUUAUCUUUCAGGGAAAUAUAAUCUACUAUCUCUCGUUCCUUUCCUGAGGCGCCAAUAUUUUAAAGCUGUGUAUAUUCUAAAUUUACCUGUUCUUUAUCUCAAGUUUCUUCUCUUCAAGUUUUUAUCGGAAUUUUUAUCACGUUAGCUAUCAACUUGCAAACUUUAAAAAUUGUAUCCUUAAUUUUUACAAAAAAUUUCUUAACCUUAAUCAGUAUGAAAGAGAGAAAUUCAGGUCCACAUUAAUUAGUUGUACUUCUUUCUUUUGAAAAAAAAUAAAGAAAGAGAAUUAACAUUCAUACUGAUGUAUACACUCUUUGAGACAAUGUGAUCAGGACUAGACCAGACUACAUUUCAGCUCUCUGAGCUUGCAUCUUACCAACUCAUUAUUUUGGUUGGUUUCAUCCUAUAUUACCUGUUCAAGAGGCUUACUACUUCAAGGCUUUAGGAAAUCGAAUCUUUUCCCUUCGGUCUAUUUAUGACCCAUCAAUUACUUCAUUUAAUGUAAAAUGUACAGAUUACAAUGUAUGAAUGAAAGCAUAUUUUAUUUAGAGUUUGUUUUAUGAACUUUGUUGCCUGUUUCUUACGCUUUUACCUGAUUGUUAAAUGUUGCCUAUCUGACUGUAUAUAUACAUUAUUUUAUAUAAAUUCAUUUUUUAAAACCA